AUGAAGAAGUCCUACAAUGUUUACUUCCUGUGCGCGUUCAUGACCCUGGGUGGUGCUCUGUUCGGUUUCGACAUUUCGUCGAUGAGUGGUGUCCUCGGUACCCAGGCCUACAUCAACUACUUCCAGGUCGGCGGAGGUAACUACAAGCAGGGGGGAAUUACCUGUGCCAUGCCCUUCGGAUCGCUCGUUGGAGCUCUCGCGUCUAGUUUCCUCGCCGACAAAUACUCUCGUGUCACAGCUAUCCAGUUCUCAUCUACUCUCUGGAUCAUAGGUUCUAUCUUCCAAUGCGCAUCAAACGGAAUCCCACUCCUGGUGGUCGGUCGUGUAGUCGCCGGAGUCUGUGUCGGUAUCGCCUCGGCCAUGGUGCCCGUGUACAUUGCCGAAGUCAGUCCCAAGGAAAUCCGAGGCCGCAUGAUCUCGCUGCAACAGUGGGCCAUCACCUGGGGCAUCCUGAUCCAGUACUUCAUCCAGUACGGCGCGAGUAACAUUGACGGCGGCCCCAACAACCCGGGCCAGAGCACCGCCGCCUUCCGCAUCCCCUGGGGCAUCCAGAUCGUCCCCGGUGUCAUCUACUUCUUCGGUCUCUUCUUCUACCCCAAGUCCCCGCGCUGGCUCGCCUCCAAAGACCGCUGGGACGAGUGCAUCCAUGUUCUCGCCCAGCUCCACGGCAAGGGCGACAUCAACCACCCGAAAGUGCUCGCGCAGUACAAGGAGAUCCAGGACGCGCUCGCCCUCGAGCGCGAGCAGGCCUCCACUAGCUACCAGGAGCUCAUCAAGCCGCGCAUUGCCAAGCGCGUCUUCCUCGGAAUGUCCCUGCAGAUGUGGUCGCAGCUCUGCGGCAUGAACGUCAUGAUGUACUACAUCGUCUACAUCAUGCAGAGCACAGGCGCCGGAUCCCCGCUCCUCACAGCCUCCAUCCAAUACAUCCUCAACACAGCCCUCACCCUUCCAGCCAUCCUCUACCUCGACAAGUUUGGCCGCCGCCCCGCAAUCCUCAUCGGAUUCACCAUGCAGGCCAUGUUCCUGUACGUCGAGGGUGGCCUGCAGGCAGGAUAUGGUCGCGCAAUCACCCCCGAGGACGGCGAGGAGCUGCAGGCUAUCUCGUGGACCGUCGCCGACCACCCGGCCGUCGGCCGCGCCAUUAUCGCAAUGUCCUACCUCUUCGUCUGCUCGUUUGCGACAACCAUCGGGCCCACCUCCUGGACGUACCCGGCCGAGAUCUACCCGGCCAAGGUCCGCGCCAAGGCUGUCUCUCUCGCCACGGCGUCGAACUGGACGUGGAACUGCCUCCUCGCUCUCUUCGUCCCGCCGCUCCUUUGGUCUAUUAACUGGAAGAUGUACAUGAUUUUCGCCGCCUUCAACACCGUCGCCGCAAUCCACAUGUUCCUGACCGCCCCCGAAACAAAGGGCUUUACCCUCGAGGAAAUGGACGAAGUCUUUGACUCUGGCCUCCCGGCCUGGAAGAGGUUGAAGAAGACUUCGCGCCUCGAAGACCUCGAGCGCGAUAUCGCCGAGGGGAACCUCAAGGUUACGGACCGCAAGGCCGCGCCGGAGCAUGUCGAGGCGCGUGCGGAGGAGAAGGUUUGA